AUGCGCCUGCGUUCUCUCGGGAGCGUCGGCGACUACGCCUGGGGAGAGAGAAUGGAGCACUCGGUUGUCUCCGCGGCGACGGGGGGAGCCGGGCGGUUCCGUGGAGAGACUGAAGCGUCUCCCCUUCCCGAGGAGACGAACAGAGAAAGGAAGAAGGUGAAUCCUCUUCUAUCGCCACUGCUUCAAUUCUCGUGGGCUCCAAUCUCAGUGCGGUGUCUCUCAGCGCGUCCUGUAGCUGCCUUCCAGAAGCGAACACUUGCGUCUUCUCUUUCUCGUUCACUCCCUCGCGCAUGCGGCUCGCCGCGUCUUCCUCUGUGCUUUGGAAAGACCCCGUUCAUUCGUCUUUCCCCGCACUGCCGCUGUGAAUGUGCGUCGCAUGCACCAGACGUAGCAUCGGCCUGCGACUCUUCGUCCCCGUCCGCAACUGCUUGUCUUCGAAGGUCCUGCCGUCCGACUCCAGUAGUCAGGCCACAAAGGCCGACGCAGUCUGGCCGUUCUCGCCUCCCUGGCUUGUUUCGCCGAGGCGAGAUGCCGCCUACAUCGCCUCGACAAGCAUCAUGGAGACUCGCUUCUUCGUCUCCGUAUUCUCUUUCUUCUCCCUCUUGUCCUCCUCCUUGUUCGCCCUCUUGUUCUCUGUCUCACUCUUCCUCGUGGUCUCCUUCCCCGGCUCCACUGCGCUCUCCGUCUUUUGCUUUUCUCCCUCGCUCUUGUUUAGCACCUUGCAUCCCGUCUAUACCGCGACCGUCUUCGUCUCUCCCUAGUUGGAAUUCGCCGCCCUCUGCUUCUCCAUUCUCUCCGUCUCUGUUGUUUUCGUCUCCAGUGUUUCUGUCCGCCGCUUCUCUGUCUCGAGUGUCUCUGUCUCCGUUGCGUCAGACCCCACUCUCUCUGUCUCCACUGUCUCGGUCUUCCUCUGCUGUGCCCGCUGUCUCUUCUUUUCUCCGUGUCUCUUCUGUGUCGUUGUCUUCUCGCCGCUCGCCGGGAGCACGGGUGGCCUCAAAGGCGCGGCCUGGCUCUCUCCGCCGAGAACUUCGGUUUUUUCUUCUCUGCGUCCAUCCGGAUCGCACAGUCGACUUCCCGGAAGAGGCGCGAAGAGUGAACGCUGCCGCCUUGUCUGAACUGAAUGCAUACAUUGACCGUCUCGAGCACCUGCUCACUUCUAUGCCGCUGGCCUCGUCGCCGCUGCCUUCCUCGCCCCUCAGCGACCCAUUCCUGGCGAAGAAACUGACGUUCUUCGUUCCCUACAGAACGGUCACGGGUCGCGUCCUCGACGGCCGCGUUCGUCCGGUGUGCAUCCAGCUCCACUCCAUUGGGCUCCAUCCAUCUCGCAGCGAAAUCGAGAACAUAACCGAAAACUUGUGCUGCUCUUUGGUCGAGGCCGUGGAGGCUCCAGGCGGCCAGUUCAACGACUUCCAGCAGAAUCCUUUCUUCGCGACCGCAGGACCACAAGGGAAGAGCGAGGACGCGACCCCAGAGCGUCUGCUCACGUCGAAGCAUGCCGGCCUAGAUCGCCUGCAAGCCUUGUGGGACGCCCAGACCGACGAAGUCAUGUUCAAGGCCGCCCUCUACCAGCCAGACGAAAAACUCACGCGACGCACGCAGUUGAUGAACAGAGAAUUCCGUCGUCAAGAAGCUGCUCUUACCAGGCGCGCGCUCCGCAUCAAGAAUCGCCGAGUGAGGAAACGGCGGCUGGAGGAAGUGGCGUCAAAGGCAGAGGAAAAGGUCCGCGAGAAAUUCGGUCCGGAUCCGCCGGAGCCGCCUCCGGAGCUGGCAGAGCACCUAAGGCGUGUGGCUGUCGCCGAGGCCGGCAGCCAUCCAGACUUUGUGUUCUUUGCGCCUUCGCUCUCUUCAGCGCAAAAAGAGGAAGCUGUUGGGCGCAUUUGUGGGCGACACUUGGAGAAGGAGUCUCACAGCUGGCUGCUUCAGAACCUUCUCAAGGAGCUUCGACGACCCCCCACUCCGAUUCCUCUCAUCAUUGGCACGGAGUUCAAUGCAUGCGUCGAGAGAGGACUGUUUCUGAUCCCUUUCGAUUUCGACGUAUGGCAGCUCGCUGAUUUCCUCGAGGAACAUCUCGACGGUGUCCGUGAGGGAAGAAGAAAAUUGCUCGAGAAGCUGAAGGACGUGUACAGGUGA